AUAAAAGCAUAUUGCAUUGCAGCUCUUAAGAUGGGAAGCAUUUGGGAUAUGUUGAAGCCAGCUUUAUUAAUGGUUUCAGUGCAGAUAGUAUUUUCAGCUUGCAAUGUUCUUUACAAACUUGCCAUUUUUGAUGGAAUGAGUACCGUUGUUAUUGCUGCUUAUCGUCUUGCCUUUGCUGCGAUUACCACCAUUCCUCUUGCUCUUAUUUUUGAAAGGAAGAGGCCGCAGAUGACUUGGAGGGUGUUUUACCUUUCACUUUUAAGUGCAUUAUUUGCUGCAUUAUUAUUUCAAAACCUAUUCUAUGGAGCUCUGAUUUUGGCAUCAGCAACUCUUGUAUCAGCUAUCUACAACCUUAUUCCCACAAUCACCUUUGUAUUAGCAGUAUCCUUCGGUUUAGAGAAAUUAAAUUGGGGAGCACCUUCAGGUAAAGCAAAGGUUACAGGAACUAUACUCGGACUUGCAGGAGCUCUACUUCUGACAUUUUACAAAGGAGUUGAAUUUGAAAUUUGGCCUUUUAAAAUCAAUCUCUUGGAUCCAAAAGACAACCAAAUAGAACUUGUCACUGAUACUGCCUCUGAGUUGUUAGGUGUUUUAUGUGUUGUUCUUAGUUGCUUCUGUUUCUCGAUGUGGCUCAUCAUUCAGGCUAAGAUCAGUGAAGUAUAUCCAUGUCCUCAAUCAAGCAUAGCUUUGAUGUCUGUAAUUGGAACAGUACAAUGUUUUAUUUUAGGUUUCAUUGUUGAGAGAGAUUUGGAUCAAUGGAAACUUGGUUGGGAUAUCAGGCUUCUCACUGUCGCGUUUUCGGGAAUUGGAGCCUCAGGACUAAUGAUUCUUACCAUGGCAUGGGUCGUACAGACGAAAGGCCCUUUAUAUGCGUCCGCUUUCAACCCUCUAAUGCUUUUGAUUGUGGCUAUCGUCGCGUCAAUGGUUUUGGAUGAGAAUUUAAACUUAGGAAGUUUACUUGGAGGAGUGUUGAUUGUGUGUGGCUUAUACACUGUACUUUGGGGUAAAGCAAGAGAACAAAAGAAGAAGAUUGCACAAGCACCAUCAGAAAUCAUUGGUGAUCUCGAAGCUACGACGCCAUUGUUGAGCCCAUGAGAAGCUAGUUCAUCAUAAAAUUUAACCAUGCCAUUUCUAAGUUAAAUUCCAAUGCUUAAUUAGGAAUGUUUUUAUAAGAAUAAGUAGAACGUGUUUAUAAAUGUGGUAGUGAGUUUUAAUUAUAUGUGUAUGUACAAUAGUUAUAUUGUUGAUUGUGGUUGUGUGUUAUAUAUAUAUGAGAAUAUAUAUUUGAGUAGUGCAAGUAUACACCCUCAACACAAUUUU